UGUGGUUUAUCUGUGGGUUUGAUAUUAACUUACAGAUUUUAUUUCAAUUUGUCUUUUCAUAUAUAUCUAAUUUUUACUGUCUUUCGUGAUAUAGCUAUGAAUAUUGUGUUUCGAAAUAAUUUAUUUAAAUAUGUUGCCACAACAUGUUUUCGUUCCCAGCUUACAGCUACAAAAUUAAAUGUAUCGUUCAAUAGAACUUUACAUACCAGCAAUGUAUCACACGAUCUAAUGGAAUUUUUCGAUGACAAAAAAAAUUGGAAUGAAACCAAUAUAAAAGUAGGAAGAGCAUGGAAACUGGAUGAAUUACGUAUAAAGUCAAAUACAGACUUGCAUAAACUAUGGUAUGUGCUGUUAAAGGAGCGAAAUAUGCUUUACACCAUGGAACAUGAAUGCAAAGAAAAAGUAAGGUUAUUUCCAAAUCCAGAAAGGAUUGAUAAAGUUCAAGAAUCGAUGAAGAACAUUGAAACUGUUGUAAGAGAACGUAAUAUUGCAUACUAUACACUAGAAACAGGAGAAACUGGAGAACGACCAGUAGAACAGGUAGUAAAUAGAUUUGGUUUGAAAGAAAAUUAUGAGAAAUCAGAAUAUAUAAUACCAAAGUUUAUGAAUAAGAAAUGGGUGAGACCAUAUUUGGAACAUGGUUUAAUAAACAGUUUAGCAGUAAAGAAAUUUUACAGACUAUAUAAAGAGAAGUUGCAUAAUGAAACUAGGAAGGCCCGAAACAGAGACUACAAUCAUGUUCAACAACUCCUUAAGAGGUUCCCUGAUAUGGAUUUAGAGAAAUUAAAAGCUGAAUAUCCUAAUGUAGAUAUAGAAAAAGCUAUGCGGACAAAAAAGGCUCGGGGCCAUUAUUUUCCAAAAUAUUAAUAAAUUUGAGUAGUAAUUAAUGAAA